AAAGUAGUAGUAGAUUAGUUGGAGUUUUCUAUCUUAGUUGCUAUAGACAAACAUGUGUACGUUACAAUAGUAGCCCCAGAAUUGCCAAGGCUGCUAACAGAGUGUCGGUUUCAACUUAAAAAGAUUAAGAUUUGUCUGACCACAGCCUUCUUUCAGUCUGGCUUUUCGGAACUGAUUCCGCCACUGCUUGCUGCUUAGCAUAUUAUUAUGUUACGUAUUUCUGAAGACUUGUGUACUUCUAUGUACACAGUGAAGGUGGAAUUAGCCAUUAAUCAAUAAAGGAAGCUGUUGUUUGUUCGUGAAGAUCGAAUACAUUAAAGAAAGAUGGGGUUUUGGACGCUAUUAGAAGUGGCAUCAAUGCCAAUAUUGCAGGUGCUUUUAAUAAGCAUUUUGGGAGUUCUGAUGGCUACUAAUUACCUCAAUCUUCUUCCCCCUGAUACCCGCAAGAACCUCAACAAGAUCGUGUUUGUGGUGUUUACUCCCGCGCUUUUGUAUACAAGUCUAGCCGAGACUGUAACCCUUCAAGAUAUCAUGUCGUGGUGGUUUAUGCCGAUCAAUGCUGCGUUAACCUUUCUAAUUGGAGGGAUUCUGGGGUGGAUUGCAGUGAAACUACUUCACCCAGAACCACAUUUAGAAGGUCUUAUUAUUGCUAUGUGUUCUUCAGGAAACUUGGGAAACAUUGUCAUUAUAAUUGUUCCCGCGAUUUGCACUGAGGAAGGCAGCCCAUUUGGUGAUCAUCAAAUCUGCUCUUCUAAAGGCCUCUCCUACUCUUCUUUCUCCAUGGCCCUUGGUGGUAUAAUUGUAUGGACUUAUGCUUACCAAUUGAUACGAAGUUCUUCUAUGAAAUUUAAUGCCUCGAAAGCAUCUAAAGAGGCUGUAAUGUCACCCAAUAAAGAUUUGGAAGCAAAUGAGAGUACCCAACUACUGAAUGGACAAGUUCAGGAGUCAGCUGCAGAGGAAACAAAAAGCAAUGCCAUUGUGUACCAAGGAUCCGACAGCAAUCAGACAAACAAGCAAGAGUCGAUCUGGAAUAUAUUUACAGGAGUCAUGUACCAGAUUUUGGAGGAAAUGAUGGCACCUCCGACCCUUAGUAUGAUUAUUGGCUUCCUGGUUGCGACAGUUCCUUGGCUUAAGUAUCUUAUGGUAGGUGAAGAAGCUCCACUCAGAGUGCUCCAAGACACUGUGCAAUUACUUGGGACUGCAACCAUACCUUGCAUCACCCUCAUACUUGGUGGCAACCUUGCGCAAGGCUUACAAGACGCGAAUAUAAAGCCUCUGAUCAUAGUGGCAAUACUUUGUGUGCGGUACCUGAUCCUUCCCGUUGUUGGCAUUGGCGUGGUUAAAGUAGUUAGCAGCUUCGGCUGGCUUCCAUCAGAUCCACUGUUCCAUUUUGUCCUUAUGCUUCAGUUUAGUGUUCCGCCUGCUAUGAAUAUCGGUACAAUCACUGAAUUGUUUAAUGUUGGGCAAGCAGAGUGUUCAGUCAUCUACCUAUGGACUUACAUAGCUGCAGCCUUUGCGAUCACAAUAUGGUCGACAUUAUAUAUGUGGAUAUUGUCCUAAGUUGCAGAAACAUACAUCUCCUUAGCGAGAAUCCCCUUUGAGCCUUUUGUAUCGAUGCAUCGAGAUCUGAGGGCCGGGUGCAUAGAUUUUUAUGACAUGCUUGUGUGUAAUAUAAGAACAUUCAGAUUCAGGUAUAGGCAUUCCAGAGUGAAGAAAUAAUGUUAAAGGACUUGUACGUUGCGCAUGUAAAUUGGAUUCUGUGAAACAUAUUCAAGUGUUCUGAACAUUAGCAGUUAGCACUAUA